CUUCCCAGCUCCGCUCCGCUCCGCUCAGCAGUGCGUCCCUCACCUCCUCGGUGUGACCAGCAGCCCUGAGCGGAUAACAGCCGUCCGGCAGAGCGCCGCCCGUCCCGCAAACCAGCACAGCCGCCAUAAAACCCGAACGAUGACAUUCUUACAGCAGCGACAGGGGCUAACAUUUAUUUGACAACUUCCCUUUCUGACACCUUGCCUCCGCCGCUCCUUGCUGUUAAGUGCUGUCCUGUCCCCUCCUUGGUACCCUCCCCACCCGUCGGACUCUCCGGUUCAGCGGGACCAUGAUGCUCAGCAGCUCCGUGGAGGUGCCCAGCCCGGGCGGGAUAAGCGGCCUCGGCGGGCUGAGCGCGGCGGCACGGAACGUGGUGCGCUCCUCCAGCAUCUCGGGGACCAUGUACAGCCUGGAAAAGAGCCCCAGCAACGGGGGUCCGGACUCGGCGUCGUUGACUGGCAACAAGAAGCGGCGCUCCAGUCUGGGCGCCAAGAUGGUGGCCAUUGUGGGGUUGUCACAGUGGAGCAGAAGCACACAGCAACUUAACCAGCAAGAUGGCGGAAUGAAGAAGCUCCGGAGUACAAUCCGAAGGAGCACAGAGACUGGCAUAGCAGUGGAGAUGAGGAACCGGGUGACGCGGCAGGGCAGCAAAGACUCCACCGAUGGCAGCACCAACUCCAACAGCUCCGAAGGAACGUUUGUCUUCCCUACCACUCGCCUGGGGCCUGAGAGUCAGUUCAGCGACUUUCUUGAUGGCCUUGGCCCCGCCCAGAUCGUAGGACGGCAAACACUAGCCACACACCCCAUGGGGGAUGUCCAUGUAGCCAUGGUAGAUAGAGGAGGGCAGCUGGAGGUGGAAGUGAACCAGGCCAGAGGGUUGACCCCAAAACCAGGCUCCAAGAACAUACCAGCAACCUACGUGAAGGUGUAUGUCCUGGAGAACGGCAUGUGCUUGGCCAAGAAGAAAACCAAAGUAGUAAAGAAGACUCUGGAUCCCACCUACCAGCAGGCUUUGUUGUUUGAUGAAAGUCCUCAGGGCAAAGUCCUACAGGUAAUAGUGUGGGGGGAUUAUGGACGUAUGGACCACAAGUGCUUCAUGGGAAUGGCUCAGAUCCUCCUGGAGGACCUGGACCUGUCUGCCACCGUCGGCGGCUGGUAUAAGCUGUUUCCUACCUCCUCUCUGGCAGACCCCAGCAUCGGACCCCUCACCAGGCGCCUCUCCCAGUCUUCCCUGGAGAGCGCCACCAGCCCCACGUGCACCUAGACACCCAGCAGACGUCCCGUAGAGCGCAGACACCGGCACGCGUACUGUAUAUACACGACGACUGUACCUGAAGCGCGUUCCAGAUAGGCAUACACCGUUCAGCGGCACAUCCCGGGUUCCAUACGCAUCGACGGCCACACAUUCCUCCAUCGUCCAUCACGAUUCACCCGCCAAACCUAACCCGACGUAGACACAAGCGACGUGAACCUGUAGCGAUUUUCAUUUCACGACAGCCACCGCACCAGGCGCCACGCCCCGCAUUCCGAAGUCGUCAAACCUCCGCGGCGCGUCUCAUCCCGGGGCCAUCCCAAUCGAUGCCAGUUUCUAAUCUCUCUAUGCCAAACUAAGAAAAAACACUUUAUUUUUUAAAACCAAAGCAGUUGUUAUUGUUGUUCUUAUUAUUCCUGUAAGUAGUAAGUGAAACUAGUAUACAAUAUAAAGUAUGGAUAUGUAGCAGAGUCAAUGACUUAGAUGUAAUGCAAAAAAAAAGGAAAAAAAAAGAAGAUAUAUUCUACAUACACAGAGAAGUUAAGAGCGGGUUGUCAAACACACAGACCUGGCUCGGAUGUUCACAUAAUGGCUGUUAUGUGAGGUAGCAACACUGCUAUAUUCUAUGAUUUUCAGGGGGCAGAGUUUAUACAUGAAUAUCUAAAUAUAUACGAAAUAGAUAGCUAAAUACUUAUUUGUCUUUCUAUAUGUAUCGGCUGCAUUCUGCAUGUUUGCUUGCGAGACAUUUUGGAGUGCUUCAAAGUCUUUUUAUUUAGCUUGCCUUGACCAAUGUAAACAGUGCCGCUGCUCUUAUUUUGCUGAUAUGUCCCGAUGAAAAGGAGCGCCGAGUUAGGGCAAAGGACGUGACUGCCAUCGCUGUUUGCAGAAGAAGAAAAUGGAUUAGCCACACACUCGCUGCUGACUUUACAGUCCCUUCCUUCACCUUUGGUGUGUAUGAACCACUUCUGCUUCGGGGUUGGAGUUGGGGUUGGGGUUGAGGGAGGGGUGUUCUCACAUGGUUGGACUGCCGCUUCAUUUCCUUUGUUUUGAUGUCCUGAAUUCUUCUUCCUGCUCAAUGAGAUGGGAAACAUCAGCAGCAGCCCUUUUCAUUUGUCCCUCUGAACCUGCUGUAAAUAUGUAAACCUGUAUAUAAUUUCAAAGGACUUUUUUUUCCUUUUUUUUGGACAUUACAAUAGCAUUAUAGGUGCAGCCACAAAUAUUAAAAUAACAUUGACAAGUAAAUUUAUUUCUUCAGUUCAGUUCAAAAAGUGAAAGUCAUAUAUUGUGUAAAAGAUUUUUUUUAUCACACUUUUUCCUUCCACUAAACCUUUCAUUAAUAUGCAGCUGACUUGACAGUUGUUCACCAGUGUUAACCAAGAUAGAUUAGUUCAUAACAUUAUAUCUCAGAUAUUAAAUUAGGAACAUUAAUAACACUAAACUUUUUUUAUUUAUUAAUCUUUAAAUAAAAUAAAUGAGUUAUAAUAUGCUCACAUUAUAAUUUUGGAUUUUCAUUAGUUGUAAAGUAUUACUGUCACAAUUAAUGUAAUGAGUCGACAUGAGUAUCCAAUAUAUGAUUUUCACUUUUGAAGUGAAUUAAUAAAAAUAAUAAACUGAUGAUAUUCUUAUUUACUGGCACAAACAUUUACUUUACUAGCACUUACAGUAACCAGCCUUGUUCUGGUAGUAGAACUUGUUUCAGGUGCAAUAUGUUACUAACACAACCUUCAGCAUUCCUGUUUUAUAUUUCCUGUUUGUCAGUAUGUUUAUGUUUUUUGGAUAGCACUUUAUUGUCAAUUUUUUUGUAUUACUUUUCAAUUUUAAGUCCAGGCGGUGGUGAACCACCUCUAUUUUUCUGUAUUAUAUGAUGACAAUUAUUAUUAGUAAUAUUAUUAUCAAUGUUGUCACAUAAGUACUGGAGUUUAAAUACUCGGAAGUUCCUUGCACAUUUUCAAAUCUUUGAAUUUCAGCAGAGUGUAUUUUCUAUUGAAAUUAUGGAGACGCAGUGGAGCGGCUGAGACUGGUUCUGGUUUUAGACUUGCAUCUAAGCACUUAUCUAUAAUAUUUAAGUCCAAAAUAAUUUUUUUGUUCACCUUGGACUCUAUAAAAAAAUUCAUUACAUAAGGAAAGUUAGGAGAUUUGUCACAAAAGUCAUAAACCCUGAAAUUGCUUCAUUUUUAAUUUUUUUUUUUUUGCAAAAAGAUAUUACUUUUCACAGUUCAUGCAACACAAUAGUAGGCAUGGGUCGGGAUUAAAAACAUAAAGGAAAAUCGCAUAAUUAAAUUAUUCAAAUUUUCUCACUGCAUAAUCAAAAAUAUGGACGACACAAAUCUAGAACGUGAUCUUGAAUUCUUGGACGUAACACAACAAAUAUAAGUUAUUUUUACUGGUGCCAUAAUAUUACAGUGACUACAGUUACUGUUAGUGCUAGUGUUGCCAGCAACAUUUGUAUCAUGUUAUUUAGAGUCUGAUGAAUAGAUUAACAUCAAAAACUCUGAUUAAACAUCCCAUAAGUUUAGUUCUUUCUCUCUCUUCUCUUUAUAGACAAAAACAAGAUAUUAGUGGAAAAGCCUCCACUAAUUAACGGAUAUGCUUUCCGUAGCUUUCCAAAUGUCGUUUUCUACAGCAUUACCAAAAAAAAUAAAUAAAAAAUUAGAUCAUCAAAUUUGUCUGCCCUGUGAAUGUGUAGCAGCCUGUUUCCAGCAAUCUGACCAGCAGUAUGCAGCAAUAGGUGGGAGAGGGGCAGAACUACAUUACUCUUUGCUCCAUAUAGUAACAGAAAACUCUUAAUUUGUUUUUUUUAUGUAAGCAUAAAAGCACAGUGGCUUCACUUCAACCAGCUGACCUGCAGCAUGCUGCAGCACUAGGUUGGGGAGGGGCAGACCUUUGCUACUCUGUGUUUCAUUCAUCUAGAAAAAAAACUCUGGCAUCUCUUUAGAACGACUCUAAACUGUGUAGACAAUUUGAGGAAUUAUUUUUUUUCUGCGAUUUUGAUUCACUUCCUGUUUAAAAACUCGUCAUGCCUUGGUACCAGAAAUCGGCCCAUGCCUACCACCUCAUGCUACAUUGAACUUUCUGAGUCGAACAGAUUUGGGGGAAGAAAGGACAAAAUGGGACCUAUGAGCUGUUGAGCUAGUUGAGCGUGCAAUGUUUGAGUUUUCACCAUCAGCAAAGGAGCGAAAGGCCGAAGCAAACCGCUGGGGUUUCUGAGGUUCCUUCAGGAUGGCGAACGUUUUAAAGAGUCACUUUAUUGGCUUGUUAUAAUUAAGAAUAUUCUUAAGCCAACCUUGUAUGUAGAUGGAUUUCACCUGAGCGUUAACACUGUUAACCUCUAAGGCCUGUAUGUUGAUGAAUUUCAUUUUGGUUUCGUUGUUGUCUGUCAUCAAAGAGCUUCUUCUUCUCGUCAUCUUUCACCUUAAAAGGGGAAAAAUUGAUGAGCUGGGUCUUCUCGGCGCCUAUUUUAGCCUUUUUUGAACUUCAGAUACAUUUAUCUCUGACAUUUUCAGAUCAUAUGGAUGUUUUAACCCUGCUAGUAAUGUGCUUACACCUCUAUUUUAGAAGUAGCUUCAAAUCAGGGCUCUAUUUUCAAGCUAUUUCUUGUUAGAUUGCAACUGGUUAUGGUACCGUUUCUAAGGUAAUCUGGAUCUUACAUUGUUUGUAUGUGAUUUUCCUGGAUAGCUGGCAUGAUGUACAAAAACAUAUGAGUACUUUCCAUCUGCACACAUGCUUUGAGUAUGAAAAAGAAAACCACAUCUAAAAUUGAUCUCUCUCUCUCUUAUUUAUACUUACGAAGGUCAUAUUUUUUGCAGUGAUUCCAUGAUUUAAAUAUGUCGAACUGUGCUGCUUUUGCUCUGCCAUGCCAACCGAAUGAAAGUAACUAUGGGUUUUGUAAAUGUCUGUCAAAACAGAAAACAAUGGAUUUCUGCAACCAAAAGAAAUGGUUAGAAUGUGCCCUUCCUUUAAAGCGCAGCAUCUUUGCGUAAGCUUUAUUGAACAAGUGCAUUCGAUGUCCUGCGUGUUGCAUCAUGCGUUGCAGGCCAGUGAGUGAUGUUAUCUAGAUGAUGACUGUUGAAUUGUUAGAAAUCUGAGAAAGGUCCUCCAAACUUUUCCCAGCUUUCAAUAUCCAUGUACAAGGGAUUUUAAACUGCAUAAUACAGAUUUCUAAUUUAAAUGUGAAACGAUGAUGUGAGUAAAUAUGAAAUGCAGGCUCCAAGCGAUGAGUUCAUUGUAAAAAAGCUAUUCAAAGUAAUUUGACCCUGUGCACAAAAGUAAGUCUAACUCUAAUGAAAAAAUGUUUUUUUUUUUAUGUAAUUUUUUUUUUACAUGACAAAAAAAAGCUAAAUUGGAGGCAAUUACUUUUUUAUAGCACUGUACUGUCUUUUUAAAGUGAGGGAAAGCUGAAGCCUGGAGGAGUUUUGUGGAGCUAAAAUCUAGAAAGGCCUUUCUGUCUGUUGUCAAGGUAGAGUCAUAGAUCAGGACUGAGUGGGAAACAUGUCGCUCCCGGUCCGUUUUGGUCCGCUGGCUUGAAUUUCACAUUGAUUGUAAAUCCGUGGAGGUUCAGAAUGUCAAAUCCACUUGCUUCACCUCGUGCAUAAUUGCGUCAUGUUCAUUUUCGCUCGUGUUGAGCACUGCGUUUAAAACGUAUUUUAUUUUUGUAAGGACAGAGAUUUUAUUGAGAGCAGGAGUCGGAAAGGCGGGGUUGGGCAAAACCUGCCUUUAGGUUUUUGCAAAAAACAAAAAACAAAACGAGGGCUUGAUCAGUUUACAAUGGCCUUAUUUUGUGUGGGAGACGUUGCUUUGCUAUAGUAGCACACACAACUGAAAGUUUUUUGUAUAAAAAAAAAUAAUAAAAAAAUGUAUUUUGCUUGAAAUAAUGUACCGAAGUUCUAUAUGUGUAUAGUUUUUUGAAUGUAUUUCUGAUUUGUGCACUUUUUUUGUCAUCCUGUUUGCUAUAUUGUCUAUCUGAAGAACUUUACAGCCCCCUCUCUUCUACUGUACUGUAUUAUCUACGUCUUUAUUAUUUGUAUCACGAGAAAGGAGCAUGAAUUCUGUCUGGCAAAAGGCAUUUUGAUUCAUGUAAGUCGCCACAAUGACUGUUGAGCUGAAAUGAUUGCUCCCUUUACACCCUCUGCAUCCAGUCCCUGCAAUGUCCCCACUUUAUCAAACUCAUACUUUUGAAUAAGGUAAUAUGCUGCACGGUGUUUUCAUGACAGUUUUUUUUUUUUUUUUGUCUGAUUCUGCAAGGCACAGUGAAGGGGUUUCUAUUAGGCAACUCACACAUAUGCAAGAGAGUUGUCUAAAUGCCGUACCUUUACGUAGCAAGGCUUCGGCCUUAUGUUUUCCUCGAUACGUCUUCAGGCAAUAACCAUUUAGCUGUAGCCUGUUUCUCAGUUAUCAGAGCUGGCCCUGUGGUUACUGCGCCACCACAAAUAAAAUACAUUUGAACCACUUUUUGAGCACUGAAAGUAAGUAUAGUCAAUCUAGCAUGCUCUGCAUUGUGAAUACACGUUAGGAUGGCUUUCAUGAAAAACGAGGUUCGUUUUGUCUUUGAGCAAGUACGCAUUCCAUAUACCGCUAACACCUAAUGGCACCACUGGUGAAGAUGUGGAAAAAUACUUAAAUUAAUUCAAUAAAAUCCUGUUAUAUAGCCGACGCAAAAUGUCACAGUAGACAUUUUUAAGCUGGUCAGUCUCUAGGAACCUUUAGUUAGUAGUCUCUGUUGUCAUAAAUAUCCCAGGACACUGAGAAGAAUGGGUGGAGGACUGUAAUGAAGGUAGAACUGCUACAAAGAAUUGCACUUUGGGGCCAUAAAGCCUCCGUAUUAGCUACAAAGUCUUGUCUUUCCCACCAUCACAUUCAUAAACUUGUGUAGUUUGUGUGUUCACACUCGUAUUUUUUUCAUUUUGUAAUUAUUUCAUUUUGAGACGGAGCUCUGCCAACUGAUGAUGACUUUCAGGUAUUUCACACAUCUUCAGCAGGAGUCCCAUUAUGUGUGGAAGGUGCCUGAGUAGCAACUAUCAACAUGAACAGGACAGGCAUCACCCCUGAGCUUUUAUUUAUGUUUUAUUUUUUUGCAAGUUUAAGAGUUGGUGCUGCUGGAUUAUUUUCCUCUGUUGUCUAUAACCAUCAGCUACCACAGCACAAGCUUUACUAGCCACAUUUUCUUAUUAUUGAUUUUUGUCUGUCAGGCUAUUACAAGGCCCAGGUGUCUCUCAACCCUUCAUCUCGCCAAGCCCCUAAAAGCACAGAACACAACCUGAACUAACAGCUCCAAGAGUCAAAAUUACAUCAGUAUUCAGAUUUAUUUUUGUUGGAAUCUGUAAUAUUCCUAGCAGAUCUAGAUGUAAAACGUAUAAAGAUUGAACAACUCUUUCGUGGUUGUCUUCGGCGUUCCCAUCUGAGGAAUGUCGGCAGCGCAACAGGGUCGGAGACAAAAGUACCGGGCCGUGAUAACGUGUGUGAGGGUUUGCGGUUGAGAGGAACAAAAAGGGAGCUGUAAUUUUAUACCUGUGCUUUGUAAAUGUUUUCUAUGUGCAGUAUUUGAUAAUGUAAAACUGGCAUUUUUGUCGUUUGUACGCUGCAAAAUUGAUUACUUAAGGUGCACGUAGUUUUGUAAUAAAAAAGAAAAAAACAAUAGAGCCAAACUGAGAGGGGGGGGAAUUGAAAACAAUUUGGGAGUCCAAAGCCUGUAUUUGCAUGCCCUUUGACAUCUGGACGCUGAAAUAAAUAAAGUUCAUUUGAAUCACUA